GCAUCUCUGGGGAACGACAGUCUUGACAGUCUUAUCUCCUCAUUUGUUUUUUUACGGAGUAGAACAACUGAUUUUUCGGCAAGUGAUAAAUUCUGCGGAGAAAGGAUCAUGUGGAGGUGUUCCUAGAGCUCUUCCUCGGAAUUCUCUAGCCGUAAAAGAAUGCCGUCAUACCGUCCCUGGGGCUCGACGCCGGACGGUGCCAUCGAGUUCGAGUCCCUGACCACAGAAACUCUGCCCGGAGCCCUCGAGGUCAUGCGGGAGGCCUUCUUCGCCGACGAGACCACAUGUCGAGGGGUCGACAUUCUCUCCGAACCCGGUGCGACCGAGGAACUCGAGGAGUUGAGUUCCGAUGCGGCUCGCGACGGGGUCAGUGUCGUCGCCAUCGACGUGGCCACCGGAAAGGUCGUCGGCGUAUCAUUCAACAAGAUUCAGAUGCAGCAAAAAUCCGGAGAAAAAUCGGCCUUCGAGCUCUUCAGCGAGAACUGCAAGUGCAAAUCCUCGAAGGGUCUAGUAGAUAUCAUGAUCUUGGUGGACUCUCAAGUAGAUUUAUUCAAGCACUACAACGUGGACUGCAUCCUAGAGGUGAUGUUCCUAGCGACCUUGAGCUCCCACAGGGGCCGAAGGAUAGCCGAGCUCCUAGUGGCCUCCUCCAUUGAGAUCGCGAGGCAAUUAAAGCGCGGGAAAGACGUGCAGACGCCUGUUGAAGUCGCCGGCACAGACGCCAUCACAAACCCCAACUGCGUGCCCGGUCUAGUCUCCGCGAUAAUGUCCUCGAAUUACUCCCAGAGACUCGCGGAGAAGCUGGGCUUCAAUUCUCUCGCUGAAGUCAGCUUCGAGGACUAUGUUUUCGAUGGAAAAAAAGCUAGUGAACGAAUUAAUGAUGUGCACAAGAGCUGGAGGCUUGUGGCUAAAAGAAUUUAAGUGAAAUGAGAUGUUCAGAGGAUUUUAUUGUUCGUUAUUUGGGGAAAUACGAGGAUUUCUCCAAAACACUGGAAUACAUUUAUUUUUCUAAACAAAACCAUCCCACUUUCUUCUCUGGUUUUCUAACAAUUGUUGUAAUGUAAAUUAAGUUAAAUAAAUGUUUAUUUUUUCACUUUUAA